AUGAGGGAAACCGCGAUCAGAGUACGGCGCGUGCGCAGAUCAGGGAUUGCGAUUGCGAAUCCUCCGCUGCGGUGAUUUGGGUUUCCCUAGAACGUUGAGGGCACGGGUCGGGUCCUGAGACCAGGUGCUGUGGGUCGGCCCUGGGGCUGUUCAGGCACUCAGGGCAGGGGAGAGGAGAGACUACCGUCCUGGAGAAAACGGUUCCACGGAGGCCCAAGGAGAAACGGAAGGAUCCUCAUGUACAUAACUGAGCGGAAUGGAGCUGUGAGCACGCAUCAGGUCCUCGGCCAGCAGAGCCACGUUCCUUAUGAGCACCACGGGUUUAUUUCAUUUUCCUACACCACUGACCCGAAUAUGCCCGGCGCCAUGGGGACUCCGGCUUUGGGAGAAGCUGACGUUGUUAUCCCCAGGAAUAGCUGUCACUCCGGUCCAGAUGGCAGGCAAGAAGGACUACCCUGCACUGCUUUCCUUGGAUGAGAAUGAACUCGAAGAGCAGUUUGUCAAAGGACACGGCCCAGGGGGCCAGGCAACCAACAAAACCAGCAACUGCGUGGUGCUGAAGCACAUCCCCUCGGGCAUCGUUGUAAAGUGCCAUCAGACAAGAUCAGUUGAUCAGAACAGAAAGCUAGCUCGGAAAAUCCUACAAGAGAAAGUAGAUGUUUUCUACAAUGGUGAAAACAGUCCUGUUCACAAAGAAAAACUAGAAGCAGCGAAGAAAAAACAAGAAAGGAAAAAAAGAGCAAAGGAAACCCUGGAAAAAAAGAAGCUACUGAAAGAACUGUGGGAGUCAAGUAAAAAGGUCCACUGAGAAAAGAAUUACAGAUUCCAAAUUCCAAAUGACAGAAUCUGCCAGAAGCUCCCAGGGAAUAAUGGUUCCAUCACCAGCAUUAUUAUAGUGCUUCAAAAGAAGUAUUUUUGAUGAACUUAAAAACAAAGUUAUUUAAAUGGUGCACUAAACUGUAGUAAACAGGGACAUGCACGAUUCAAGAAUAAAACUCGGCCGGGCGCAGUGGCUCACACUUGUAAUCCCAGCACUUUGGGAGGCUGAGGCGGGCGGAUCACGAGGUCAGGAGAUCGAGACCACGGUGAAACCCCAUCUCUACUAAAAAUACAAAAAAUUAGCCGGGCGUGGUGGCGGGUGCCUGUAGUCCCAGCUACUUGGAGAGGCUGAGGCAGGAGAAUGGCGUGAACCUGGGAGGCGGAGCUUGCAGUGAGCCGAGACUGCGCCACUGCACUCCAGCCUGGGCGACAGAGCAAGACUCCGUCUCAAAAAAAAAAAAAAAAAGAAAACUCGGCCGGGCACGGUCGACGGUGCCUCACACCUGUAAUCCCAGCACUUUGGGAGGCCAAGGCGGGCAGAUCACUUGAGUUCAGGAGUUGAGACCAGCCUGGCCAACAUGGUGAAACCCCGUCUCUACUAAAAAUACAAAAAAUUAGCUGGGCGUGGUGGCGGGCACCUGUAAUCCCAGCUACUCGGGAGGCUGAGGCAGGAGAAUUGCGUGAACCUGAGAGGCGGAGGUUGCAGUGAGCUGAGAUCGCACCACUGCACUCAAGCCUGGGCAACACCUGGGUGACAAACUGAGACUCCAUCUCAAAAAAAAAAUAAAACUAGGGUCAAGUGCAAUGACACACACCUAUAAUCCCAGCACUUUGGGAGGCUAAGGCAGGAAGAUCGCCUGAGCCCAGGAGCUCAAGAUUGCAGUGAGCUAUGAACACCACUGCACUCCACCUGUCCACUUGUUCUUGUGUGACAGAACAGGACCCUGUCUCUAAAAAGUAAGAUAAAACCAUAAAGAAACACAGUCAGUACUAUACAAGAAUAAUGGCUACUUCUAGAGGGAAGAAAGGAGUUAUUGUGAUGAGGCACUUGGAGGGGUUCUGGGGUGCCUGACAAAGUUCUGUUUUUUCACCUGGGUGGUAGUUAGAAGGGUGUCCCCGUAUUUCAAGUUGUACCUUUGUCUGUGUGAUUGUACCUGUUUUGUAAUAAAAAAAUUUUUUUGAAA